GAUGAGUAUCUUAUUUCCCUAAGCAUUGUCACUCGGUCUUCAGGGGAUUUAAUUUAUAUACAGGUGCCCUAUGUAACCAGUGAUCCAUUUAACACAACAGUGGGUGCACCACAGUUUUAUAAAACAGGUUUUGGGGUGUAUUUUUAGCUUACCAUCUUCUUAUCUCAGGACGUCUUCCACAUGACAACUCUGAUGUAUGGUUAUUUUGUUUAACGUCUUAUUAACAGCCAUGGUCAUUUAAGGACGUGCCAGGUUUUGGAGGCAGAGGAAAUCCGGAGUACUCGGAGAAAAACCAUCGGCCUGCGGUCAGUACCAGGCAACUGCUCCACAAGGGUUGCUAUCCCCUCACCCAGAGGUUCAAGUCUAGUGAUAAAGUUUCGGGACACCUGAAUAUAAUCGGCAUAUUAUUCAACCUGUAUGGACCAUUAGAUCAACAAUUAUUCAACAUUAUCAAGGAAACAGUGUAUACAUUUGCAAUGGAGUACCGAUGGGUGUGUCUGUGCAUUUCGGUGAUGGCGAUGCUUCCGCCUCCGGUAAAAUCAGGAAAAAUAUUGGUUCUAGCCAUGCCAGCAUGGAGCCACAUCAAACCAAUGCGAAAUAUUGCCGAUUCGCUUGCAAGUAUGUAUGGACAUCAAUCAACUUUCAUCUUAAAUGAAGAAUUGGGUGAUAAAGUUAAGGAGGACAGCAAUACUAAUGUUAUAAUACCAGCGUCAUACAGGAAUAUCAGUAUAAGUUUGAUUACAAAGGAUUACAUUAGUGGAGUGUGCAAUCAAAGAGUGCCGCUACCAAUUUUCGCAUUACAGGCUUUUGGCAAUAAUAUUUGUGAUACUUUACUCUCGGACGAAGACUUAAUUGCAGAUCUUGAGCAGUUUAACUUUGACGUGGCUCUCAUUGACAAUGUCAUGGUAGCGACCUGUUUCACAGUUCUAGCAUACAAGUUAGGAAUCCCAUAUGUCGAGGCUGGUCCAAUGUACAUACCGGUCAGGACGAGAAUACCAUUUAUGCCAUCUGUACAUUCUACCUUUAGUCUGCUUGGUGUCUCUGAAGAAAUGUCGUUUGUUCAAAGAGUACUCAACACACUAGUGUCUAUAUUGAUAGCGGUCUCACCCCAGCCUGUAUUUCCAGCCGAUUUGGUUGAGAAGUAUGUUCCAGAAAAGCCAUUUGUGUCGUUAGAUGUCCUGCAUAGACGCACGGCGUUCCAUCUUAUUGACCUUGAUUUUGUUCUUGACUUCCCAAAACCCAUGAUGCCAAAUGUGGUAUUUGUUGGAGGAUUAAGCACAGAGAAGCCUAAAAUUUUACCGUCUUACUUGAGGUCGUAUAUGAAUUCAGCGACUGAUGGAGUCGUUGUGGCCUCGUUUGGAAGUACCAUAGACAAUCUGCCCUCAGCUAGAAUGGACAAACUUAUUGGUGUAUUUAAGAAGUUUAAAAAUGUGAAAUUCAUUCUACGGUAUGGAAACGAUACAAAAAUGGACGGCAAUGUCUUAUUAAUGCCGUGGUUGCCACAAAACGAUCUGCUAGCACAUCCUAACACCAAGGCUUUCAUCACCCAUUGCGGAAACAGCGGCCUAUAUGAGGGAUUGUACAACGCCGUACCAAUGAUAGGACUGCCCGUUAUGUCGGACGGAUUCUAUAACUGUCGCAAAAUGGCUUUUAAAGGAUUUGGAAUUUCUCACGAUUUCUGCUCCUUUACUGAUUUAGAAUUAUCGAAUGCUAUACAGGAUAUUCUCCAUAAUUCCAAAUACAAAGAUAACAUCAGAAAAGGAUCCAAAAUAUUUCACGGUCAACAGGGAACACCCAGUGAUCGCUCGGCAUACUGGAUUGAUCAAGUGAUACAACAUGGCGCUGAUUAUCUCCAAUCUCCUGCAACUGAUAUGCCAAUGUAUAAAUUUUACCUUAUCGACGUCUUGUUCUUUAUCAUUUUAGUUCAAUUUGUUAUUAUCUGGUGUUGCUGGAGGUUGAUCAAAACAUGUUCUAGAUGUUGUUCCAGACCAAAAACCAAAACAGAUUGAAUACCCGCCUUGUGGAAAGGAGAAUCUAAAGAGCGUGUAUGUUUUACCGUAUUUACAUAUUGUAUUCCACUCAUCAAAACUAUCAUUAUAGUUAAUCAUUAAUAUUUCCUGAAUCUUGCAUAUAUACUAGAAUCAUCAUAACCUUUAUGUAUUCAGGAUAAUAUAACUGUAGAUUUCAAACUCAGUAAAAGGAUAAUAUAGCGAUACACGCGCCUAUAUCGUAAUAAAUGUUCUAUAAAUAUAUAUGUUUACAGGUUUUCUUGGUUGUUGUUUAUAAACAAUGCUAUAGAGAGAAGGCGAAUGGAGUCACGUGGGUGUGAGGGACGAGUCCGCGCAGCGUUCUCCUUAAGACGGGUUACAUAUGCAUUCUUGUAGGACCUGUCGUAUUAUAAUGUUAUAGUUUUGCACUGAUUUUGGUAUUUAUAAAACACGAUUGGGGAUGCUUUUAAUUUUCUUAUUUUUCGUAAUUCAAGAAAAGUCAUUAUUUUAUUGAUAAGACAAUAUUUACCAACUGUAACUUAACAGAAAAUAUAUCGGGCGACAAGCAAAAACUACGAAAUAGCGUUGGAUAUGUAUAUGUGUGGAAUUCUUUGUCGGAAUAUUUUUGGAUAUUACCCACUGAAAGGUUUGUCAGAGUGUAUAUAAAAGGAUGUGUACAAAUAGCCAUGCAUAUGACAUGAAAUAAAGUUGAAUAUAUCAA